AUGUCAGAAAUAUCUAACUAAGUCCAAGCAUAUAAGCUAGAUAUAUCUGAUUAGAAUUCGCUCAAACCUCAAGAAGAGGAAUAUAAAUAGAUGGAGAAAUUAAUUCUAAAAUCAAAUAAGCUUGGAAUGGAAUAUUUAAAAAUAGAAAAGAAAGCUGAUUGCUUAGAACUGCUGAAAAAAUGUGAGAAGUUGCUGUUAAGCGAAUAUAAUAAAUCUUAAUAGAAUUUCGUUAUAAAUAAAUUAUUAGCAAUCACAUAUAAUAAUUUAGGAUGCUAUUAUAGAAAAGAUGAAAAACCUAACGUUGCCUUAAAUUAUUUGAAAAAAUCCUUAAUGAUUGAAGUCUAUUCUGUUCAUGAUAGCACAACUAUUGCGAGUACUCAUUUAAAUAUAUGUGCUAUUUUAUCUAGGUUAAACAAACAUGAUAUAGCUUCUGAGCAUGCAAAAAUUGCAAUAGAACUGCUUGAUUUGGCUAAGAAUUCAGUAAUUAAAAAAGAAGAAAUUUAAAGUUUAAACGAAAAGCUAAAAAACUAGAACGAUAAUGAAACAUAAAAAAUACUUAAUUAAAAGUUAAGAGUGUAUAAAGAUAUUAUGAAUAUGUUAGUUUUAUCAUAUUAUAACUUAGGAAUAGAGUAAGAACAUCUCAAAUCUUAUGGUAACAGCAUCACAGCUUACUAAGCUGGCCAUGAAAUAGCCCAAAAUGAACUUGGUGAAAAUCAUAAAAUGACUUAAAUCUUGUUGGAGAAUAUAAAACUCUUGCAUAAAGUGUAAUAAUCAAAAGAAUAAAAAGAAUCAGCUAAGAUUUAAAAACGAUAAAAAAUUUAUGAAGAAGGAUUUCACUCAUACAUCAAACACCACAUCAAUGUUUAAACUGACUUAAACUAAGAUUAAGUUGAUAAAUUUUUUCAAGAAACUUACUGCCAAAAAGCUAAUCAAACUAAAACAUAAAUUUAAAAAAUUAGAAAUACCUAAUCUAUUUCUCCUCAUUCUAGAAUGAAAAGUAGAAUUUUAGAGGAUGGCUCAUUUAAAACGAUUGAGAAUAAUCCUUCUAAUUAGUUCCAAAAAUUAAAUAUUUUAAAUAGAGCUUAAACUGUCUUAAAAAGUAGAAAUGAACAGUAACAAUAUAACCAAAUAGGAAAUUAAAAUAUAACUUCUAGGAAUGCUCAAAAUAAAAAUAUAAAAUCAAAUUUUAUGAAUUUAAGAUUAAAAGGCUAAGAGUAAUAUUAAAAUGAAAGUUUUAAUAGUAUAAUGAACAGGACUACUGUCAAAUCAACUAAUAAUGUAAAGGCUUAAGAUUAAAAUACAAAUGGAUUUAUUUAAUAAACAAAAGAAGUAGAUAAGCUACCAUUCAUUUAAAAUAAAGCUUAAAAUGGCUAAAAUAUCAUCCAAUAAGUUAAAUAACAAAAUGAAGAUCAAAAUAGGAAUUUGAAUGAAAAUAACAUGGAAUAAUAAUUAAAUAAUUUUGAAGCAAAAAAAUAUUUGAUGUUAAAUACUUAUGGAGUGUAUGAUAAAUUUAUGCAUACAAGAAUAAAGAAUGCUUCUAGAUAUAAAAAAAAUACUAUAGAUAUUGAUAUUAAUAAUUCUGGUUAUAAUGCUUUUAAUAAUUUAACUAAAGAAACAACAUUCUCUACAAAUAUAAAGGCAGAUCAAAUAAAUGAAAGAAGUAGGACUGUUUCAACUAGGAAUAAUUAAAAUCUUUAUAAUCAUUAGAACACUUUUGAUUUUUUUACAAACAAUAGUCCAAAAAUCAUAUAAACAAAAUAAGACUAAAAGUAUUUUACAAAUAAUUAACAUACAAACACCAAUUAAGAAUAAUAAAAUUCUAAUGAAUAUAUCAAAAUGAAUACAACAUUUAAUACUCAUCACACUUAAGAUAAAAAUAAUUGUCUUUACACAGAAAGAAAUUUUAAUAAUCCUUUGAUAACUGAAAAAUAUAAUCCAAUAUGCACAGAAUAGUAAAGAACAAUUAAUUCAAGAUAAAAAGAUAUUGAGAAUCUGCAAGGACAAGUGAGAAAAAGUUUGAAUUUUAAUGAAAAUUCAUUCAAGUAAUUUGAUGAAAAUCAACCUGAUUUAAGGGAACAAGAAAUACAAGAAUGCCUUGAAAAGCUUGUUGAUUUAUAUUAAAACUAAAGCUAAUCAAUAAUAUCUCCAACAUUUUCUUAAGAAAUAAUUCCAAACUAAUCUCCUUAAUAAUAAAAAAACUUGAAUAAUUAAGGAGAAAAAUUAUAACUAGAAAACCAGUUCAUAGUAUUUGAAUAAUAACAAAAGCUUUCUAAGGAGUAAAAAAAGCCUAAAAGCUUGAUUCAUAAUAAAAAUGAUACUCUUUAGAAUGAUAUAAAAAAUCAAAAAUAAUAAGAUUUAACAUAUAAUAAUUAAAUAUAUCAAAUACAGGGUUUGGGUGAGCAACUAUCACCAUAUCUAUAAAUAUGUUACUAACCAAGUAAUCAAAUUUAAAAUUCUGGAGGAAAUCUAUUUAGCCAUAGUUAUUUGAAUCAGCCAUCAUUUAGAAUAGCUCCUAAUUAAAAUUCUUAGGUUUAGCAGUAAGCAACCUUGAAAGAUGAACUAGAUGUAGUAAGGAUAAGAGAUAGUGAAACUUAAAGUAUAAAACUAAAGUAAAAAUAAAAUAAUUUGUAGUAAAAGUAAUAAUUUGAUAUCUUUAGUGCUAAGUAAAACAGAGUGCUUAUAAAAAGACCAGAUUCUCACUAAGAAAAUUAGAUUGAUCUAACAAUAAGAUAGAAGAGAUAAUAAAAUAUGAUGAGAAAUAUUGAAGAAAAUAUUCGUUUUUGUUAAAAUAAUUCUAAAAACAUCACACUAAAUCCAAUAUAAAACAAUAAUAAAGAGCAAUCUAAUAAGAAUAGUUAAAUUAGAUAACUAAGUGUUAACUAAAGAAACAAUAGACAAAUCUAAUUACAAGAAUUAUAACAAGAAUAACAAAUGAAAGAGAACCAUAUUUAAACGAAUUAAGUGCAAUUAAAACAUAAAUAGUAAGUAAACAAUACAAUUAAAGAAACAAAUGAGACAUAUUAAAAUAAUUUAACCUAAAGUUUAAUAGAAGAAUAAAAUGUAAAUAAUUAAAAAUAAUGA